AAAUAUUCAUAGAGACGAAAAACAGUCUUUAUAUAUACAUAAUUUACUAGCAAGUAGCAUUAUAGCAAAUACGGUACCUAUUGGGUGGUCUAAAGGUGCAGACGAAGAUGGAUAAAGCUCCAGAAAUGAUUAACUUCGGGAGUUCUUUUAUAGUGCCAAGCGUGCAAGAACUGGCCAAGGAGUCUAUUGUCAGCAUCCCUUCAAGGUAUGUGAGAGAUAACGGCGAUCAGCUGGAGUAUCCGAACAGUCAAUCAUCGUCGUUUUCGGUACCUGUAAUUGAUCUUCAAAGGCUUCUCCAUGCUGAAUAUAUCGAUUCCGAACUACACAAACUUCAUUCUGCUUGCAAAGAGUGGGGGUUUUUCCAGGUAAUAAACCAUGGGGUUAGCACUUCAUUGUUGGAAACAUUCGAGGGAGAAGUGAUCAAUUUUUUCCAGCUUCCGUUGGAGGAAAAGAAGAAACUAUGGCAACAGCCUGACAACCAUGAAGGGUUCGGGCAACUUUUUGUGGUUUCAGAAGAUCAGAAACUUGAUUGGUCUGAUAUGUUUUACAUUACCACUCUUCCUCCUAAGUUGAGACAGCCCGAGCUUUUCAAAAACUUACCUCAAAAAAUCAGGGUUACAAUGGAAGCAUACAUAGAAGCAGUGAAGGAUCUAGCUCAAACUCUCCUAAACCAAAUGGCUAAAGCAUUAGGGAUACAGGAGGAGGAAAUGGUGAAGUUAUUCAGUGAAGGGGUCCAAUCAAUAAGGAUGAACUACUACCCUCCAUGUCCAGAGCCUCACAAGGCCAUAGGGUUCACACCUCAUUCUGAUGCAGAUGCUCUAACCAUACUUUUUCAGCUCAAUGACACACACGGCCUCCAAGUUCGAAAAGACGGCAAUUGGGUGUCCAUUCAGCCCCUUGAGGAUGCUUUUGUCGUCAACGUUGGAGACAUCAUGGAGAUUGUGAGCAAUGGGGUAUAUCGGAGUAUUGAGCACAGAGCAAUAGUGAACUCGACAAAGGAGAGGCUAUCAGUUGCCACAUUUUACAGUUCCAACCUUGAUUCAGAAUUAGGACCAGCAAAGAGUAUAAUUGGUCCCCUUAAUCCUCCAGCUUAUAGAACGGAACUAUCUGAACAGUACUUCAAGAACUUCUUCGCUAGAAAGCUCAAUGGAAAAUCAUACUUAGAAGAUAUGAAAAUACAGGCAGAGGAACCCAACACAACUUUACCAUAAUUCUUGAUUAAGAUGCAAUGUGAGUUCGUCCUUCUUGGAAAGCGGCAUUAUUUAUUUGAUUAUUGGUGCCCUAAAGAAGACCAAGAUCAAUUGUAUUAUAUUGAUUUUCAUGAUGUAGCUGCAAUUCUUAAGGUUUAUACUUACAAUGUCAAAUUGAUGUAGUUGUGAUUAUAUGAUGUAAAAUCGAUAUUGUUAAAAGUUGA